UGGCGGCGGGCGGCGAUGGGCACGGCGGCCGUGCACCUCCUGCUGCUGCUGGGGCUGCUGCACGCCGGGCCCGGCGGCGAGGGCAGGAAGGGCUGGCGGCGGCGGGGUCCCGCGGCGCGCGAGCGCGGCGAGGCGGCGGCGGCGCCGCCGGCCGAGAGCUUCCCGCUGGACUUCACCGCGGUGGAGGGCAACAUGGACAGCUUCAUGGCGCAGGUCAAGAGCCUGGCGCAGUCGCUGUACCCCUGCUCGGCCCAGGCGCUGCCGCACGACCUGCGCCUGCACCUCCUGCACAACGCCUCGGUCACCUGCAACGACGGCAGUCCGGCCGGCUACUACCUCAAGGAGUCCAAGGGCAGCCGGCGGUGGCUGCUGUUCCUCGAAGGAGGGUGGUACUGCUUCAACAGGGAGAACUGCGACACCCGCUACGACACCAUGCGGAGGCUCAUGAGCUCCAAGGAGUGGCCCGCGACCAGAGUGGGAACUGGGAUCCUGUCAUCACAGCCAGAGGAAAAUCCCCACUGGUGGAACGCGAACAUGGUAUUCAUCCCUUAUUGCUCAAGUGAUGUUUGGAGUGGUGCCUCUUCCAAGUCUGAGAAAAAUGAAUACGCCUUCAUGGGAGCACUGAUCAUUCAAGAGGUUAUAAAGGAGCUCGUGGGAAAAGGUCUUAGCACUGCAAAAGUGCUGCUGCUGGCAGGGAGCAGUGCUGGAGGAACAGGAGUGCUCUUGAAUGUGGAUCGAGUGGCGGAGCAGCUGGAGGACAUGGGUUAUCAAGGGAUUCAGGUUCGAGGCUUGGCAGACUCUGGAUGGUUCCUGGAUAAUAAACAGUAUCGCAGAACUGACUGUAUCGAUACCAUAACGUGUGCUCCAACAGAAGCCAUCAGAAGAGGAAUAAGGUAUUGGAAUGGUAUUGUUCCUGAACGCUGUAAGCUGCAGUUUAAAGAGGGAGAGGAAUGGAACUGCUUUUUUGGAUAUAAGAUUUAUCCCACUCUUCGAUGUCCAGUCUUUGUUGUCCAAUGGCUCUUUGAUGAGGCCCAGCUUACUGUAGACAAUGUACACCUCACUGGCCAGCCUGUUCAGGAAGGGCAGUGGCUCUACAUCCAGAAUCUGGGCAGGGAGCUGAGAAACACCUUGAAGGAUGUAACUGCUAGCUUUGCUCCUGCCUGUUUGUCUCAUGAGAUCAUUACACGCAAUCACUGGACAGACAUCCAGGUGAAGGGGACGUCAUUACCCCGUGCCCUGCACUGUUGGGAUCGGAGCCUACAUGAGAGCAACAAAAAUGGGAAAGUCCCUCUGAAAGGUUGCCCAAUUCAUCUGAUUGACAGCUGUCCAUGGCCCCACUGCAACCCCUCAUGCCCCACUAUCAGGGACCAGUUCACAGGGCAGGAGAUGAAUGUGAUCCAGUUUCUCAUGCACAUGGGUUUUGACGUUCAGAAGAUGGCGCAGCAACAGGGCCUGGAGCCCAGUAAACUUCUGGGGAUGCUCAGCAGUGGUAACUAGGAAGGAAUCCUCUGAGGGGCAGGGAGAUUAGAUCAGGAGGGGAUUGGGGCCCUUCUCCCACACACUCUGAUCUUCUUCCUUAAGCUCAUGCAGGCUGGUGCAUGCUCACCCCCCAUGCAGGCUGAAACCUGUACACACCCACAUGCUCCCGCACUCUUGCACACUUAAGAUGUGUCAAGAAAAAAAAAGGCGAUUUCUUGCUUACGCAGUUUGACUGGAACUUGUUACCUCCAAACUCCAGGGAUCACUUUUGGCCAUUCACAUCCUCUUCCUGUCUUACACAAGGCAAUCUGAUACAGGGAGUAGUAAAGCCAUAAAUAGCAGCAAUGAGAACCUUCCCCAGAUCUAGUACUUCCCUUGUCAUGAAUUUUACAUCAUAGACUCGAUACAAGUGGCGAAAAAAGCAAGCACUGGAUUUCUUUUGUCCAACAAGAAGUGAAGGAAUGAUUACAUGACUUCCUGGAGGUCAGCAUCUCAUGUUAUAACAUACAAACAAAGGACGUGUGCUAGGGAUGGACACUCUUGUAAUCAAUUUACUUUCGUAUUAUUUUAUAAAAAUGACUUUUUUAUUACUUUUUUAAACUAAGCAAGAAAUAUAAAUGAUAUUGUUUUGUAACAUAUUUUUUUUAAAUAACGAAGGAACCUCUUGCUACUUUGGCAAUGUGGACAUAUUUAUUUUAAUAUGUAAAAUGCUAUUUAUAAGGGCUGACCAGAGAACCAUUCAUAUGUCUUUGUAAAGUUGUAUAUGCUGCUCAUUUGGAUGGGUUUUCCUUAUGAUCACUUGUGCCUGGGAGAGGGCUGAGGGUAGUAUUGACAUUUUAUAUUAAUUAGACUUCGGUGUUCCACUUGCAAUAUGCUUUGUCAUUGUUUCUGUAAUGAAGAGUAUAUGAGGUCUAAGUACAGAUACUUUCACCCAGCACCUGCUGUUUGCUUACUUGUACAGCGUUUUCAGCUUGAAGUUUGUGUUUUGUCAGGUAUUCAGGGGCAGUGUAUUUUAAGAUGCAGAGAGAUCUGGUUUUACAGCAAAGGCCACUAUUCUAGUUAGAGAAAUAUUUGAUUUGAUCAGGCCAUCUGGUCUGUCUUAGAAGGUGAAGCAUUUGCAAAAAAAAAAAAAAGAGAAAAC